UCCGCUCUUCCGGUCGCCCUACGUCAUCGCGUCGCGACCGGUAGAGCGCUCGGCCACCGUCAUGGUACAGCUCGGUAGUCGCCUCCUGAAAGGCUACCGGGGGGGACAUGUUGUGAUCCGCUUCGCGCUCGGAGGCUGCACCAACCGGCCCUUCUUCCGUAUCGUGGCGGCGCACAGCAGACGGGCCCGCGACGGGAAGUACCUGGAGCAGCUCGGCUGCCUCGACCCGCUGCCCAACGCCCAUGGCGAGAGGGUGGCAGGGCUCAAUCUGGAACGGAUACGCCACUGGCUGGGCUGCGGCGCGCAGCUCUCCCGGCCCGCUGAGAAGCUCCUAGGUCUGGCGGGGUUCCUGCCGCUCCACCCCAUGACAGUGACGGCCGCCGAGAGGCGGCGGCGGAGGCGAACGCCAGAGACCGCCGAACCCCCUGCGGAGGGCUCGUCCCAGCCCGGCAGCGCGCCCUGAGAGGCCUUUGCUGCGGGGCUGCCGAGCGGCCCUGGACAGCGACCGCCCGAGGAUGCGCCUUGCCCUGUCAGCACAUCAACUGCAUUAAAGUGUCAUUUACUCAC